AUGCAUAAUUUCACCAAUGAAGUUCAAGAAAUUUCUUUAAAUAAUAAUAAAAUUAAUGAAGAAAAUAUAGUUGAAGAGAAAGUUGAAGGGAUUCAAUCAACUCCAUAUAAUAAUCAACAUUCUCAAUUCAUUCAUCAAUCACAUUCUACUACAAAUCUGCAUCAUCAUCAUCAUCAAUAUCAUCAACAUCAUCGUCAUCAUCAUACAAUAUGGAAAGGAAGACAACAUAAAUAUCAUGAAACUUGUAUAAAACUUAUUUAUUUAACAUGUUCUACAAUUAUAACAACAUGUUUUAUUAUUGAAUGUAUAUUAAUACAUUUAGUUAUAUUACCAUGUCGUCAUGAAGCUGGAUUUUUACCAACAAAUUGUACAUAUAUUGAAUCAAAAUUAAUAUCAUCAUCAGUUAAAUGUGAAAAUAAAUGUUCAAAAGAUCGUUCAAGUUUUCAAUGUAUACGUAUAUUAAUUAAAUAUUCUAGAUUAAAAGAAAAUUUUACAGCAAGUUUAUUUGAUAAUAUAGCAACAUAUCAAUAUUAUCAUUCACUUGGUUGUGCUACCAGUUCAUGUCAUCGUCAGAAUUCAGCAAAUCAUGAAUGGGUACAAAAUUUUUGUCAAUUAAUCAAAAAUACUGUACAAUUUACAUGUUAUGUACAUGAAGAUCAUAUUAAUGAAGCUUUAUUACAUAAAUUCUAUGGACCAUCAACAAUGUUUGAUACAUUAUUUUGGCCAUUAACAUUAUUAUUUGUCUCGAGUAUAUGUUUAAUGAUUACAUGGUUUUUUGAUAGAUGUCAUGUAUGGCAUGAUGAGAAAACAAUCAUUGCAUAA